GUAACUUUUGAAGAUUAUAAACAAACGGCAAAACAGAAUCCAAAUAAUCUCCAAAAUCUUCCUAUAUUAUCUCCUAAACACAUUUUGACGCCAUUAGGUUACUUUGCGCACAGUGUGUUCCAAUGCUUGACUCUUUGUAAAAUUCAAUGAAUGUUUCCGAAUUCAUCGAACUCUUAUGAUAAACUUGAUUUAAUAAAUUUUACAGCACAAUGAAUAAGCCAAUGAAACUUUAAUAUAAAUAAGCUGAUGAACCUUCAAAAGUUUACUUUACACCCUAAAUUGCCGGGCCUGCUUUGAUUUCUAUUGCCACCUGUCUGUAUGCGGUAAAAUUUAAUUAACGGCUUGUCAAAUGAAUCUCUUUACAAUGUCUUUCAACACUUAUAUUGUCUCUUGUAACUUUUCCAUAAAAAUAAUGGAAUGUGUUUUUAAAGACAUCUAGACAUAUGCCGUUUCAUGAACAAUUAUCUCUUUUCCUUGAAAUACAAUUUUUAGUGAUGAUCAGCCCUUGAAACCAUCACAAAUUUCAUGAAUUGGUCACUUGUUUGGUGAUAGCAAAUGAAAAAAUUUUAGUGAAUGACAAAAAACGUCAAAAACUGAAAAAUUUUAGAUUGCGCAUGAGCAAACUAUCUCACUGAAGCCUGCAUGCAGUGUAAAAAUAAGCAAUCCAAUGCUCACAAAAAUGAUGAACUUCAUCAUCAUCAGAUUAUGAAAACCAAACCGUGAAAUAGUUUUCAGUAAUUACUAAAAAAACUAUUAUUUUUCUCCCAAAUUUCAAUAAUGAUAACAUGCAUUUUUAAUGCCAAUAUGGCGUCUAUUUAUCUCGUCAGACUUAUCAGCGAGUCGGGUGUUUGAGUUUUUACAGCAAGUUUAUUGUUUAUUUACAUUUCAUGAAACAGAAGAGCCUCUCUUAAGUGCUUCCUGUAGCUUACAUCCAAAUAUCAAUUUAUUCAAACGUUCGAUCAAACUUUGCUGGCUCUAUGUUCAUUUAAUCACUAUCAUCAUCACAAUCAAGCGGCCAAACACAAUAUAUAUUUGAAACAUAUAGGGAACUUUCAAUCAAACACAGCAUCAGAGACAGGUCUUCAACAAUCGAGCAGAGCGCAGAAAACACUGUCCGCAUAACAAAUAAAAGCAUGUCGACAUUCACAGAUGAUGAGCGAGUGUUCGAUGCCACUGAGUUCAAGAGGUUCCUCGCUCAGUCUGAGUUCGACACAGAGACAGGCGGCAAAGUGACCCUGGCGGCUAAACAGGUAGAUAAAAUGUGGGCAGGCUGCAAAAGCGACAGAAAAAGCAUAUCAAGGGCGAACUUCGUCAAUAAGGUGGUUCCAGAGGUUGCCUCGCUUGUGUAUGGGGACAAUAAGCCAGGUAACCAGCUGAGGGUGUGGCAAUGUCUCUCCAAACAACUCCUCGCCUCACACUCACAGUCGCCCCUAUCAGUGAUUACUCAACAGUCUGCACCAGCGCUACCGUCUAACACAGCAGUAUUUACAAACGCGUUCGACGAAUGAAUCAACCAAUUUUAACUAAUUUCAAUAUAAUUUCAAAUGUAACUAUUCCCCUAUGCAAUCUUUUUCCAUAAAUUGUACAAGCUAGUCUUAAGUUAAAUUGAAGUCUGAGAUUGGUUUGAGUGGUUACCUUUUAGUAGUAGUAGUUUGCAUACCUGUAAAUCAGUGGGGGAGGGGCGAGCAGGGCGCGGAAAAGAGCUGGAGCAAAAAUUUUCUAGGUUGUUCUUGAACCAGUUUGAGUUAAUGACCAAUUUAAAAUAUUCUAGAACAACCAAGAACAUUUUGUUCCUGCUGUUUUCCCGCACAGGGGUUACAGCUAUGCAAACUACUGCUACUACUGCUCAUAGAGCUAUACUUCUGUCUGUUCCAAUACACUGUCUUUACGCCAAGCUAUCCUACUUCAUCUGGAUAGGUUCGUGCAAAUCAUCAAUACAAAAUGGAUUUUUUUCUCA